GUGCAGUUCAGCAAAAUGUGUGUUGGGAGGUUUUUGCAAGCCUUUCAGAACCACCAUGUCAGGCGCUCACAAAUCUUGCAACGGUUAUGGCACAGAUCUCCGAGCCAGGUAUCGUGGAGGACCUCUGCGUCCUGUCCCUACCGAGCGGUGAUCUUUGAUAUGGGUGGCGUGCUCCUUCCUUCGCCAUUCAGACUGGCGGCAGACUGGGAGGUUCGGAAUCGUGUCCCCCCUGGUACCAUCAAAGAGGCCUUAAUAUCAGGAGGGGAGGACAGACCCUGGAUGAGGUACAUGAGAGGAGAAAUGAGGCCGACAGAGUUUCUGCAUGAGUUUGGACAACAGUGCUCCGGGAUUGCAAAUUCCUCUGUCCCAGUAGAAUCCUUCCUUUCCGAAUUAACCAGCAAUGAAAUGACAAGACAGCUCCCGGUUAUGAUGGAAGCGAUAAAAUGUAUCCGAGCUGAAGGUCUCAAAACUGCCGUUCUGAGUAACAAUUUUUAUUUGCCUAGUGGAGAAAGUUUCCUUCCUUUAGACAAAAAGCAGUUUGAUGUGAUAAUUGAAUCCUGCCGGGAAGGGGUGUGUAAGCCAGACCCCCGUAUCUAUAGAAUUUGCUUGGAGCGACUGGGGGUUCAAGCCAGGGAGUCCAUUUUCUUGGAUGACAUUGGGCAGAAUCUGAAAGCUGCUGGUCAGCUUGGUAUUAAAACAUUGAAGGUUGAAGACCCAAACUCAGCGAUUCAGGAAUUAGAAACUCAUUUGGGUUUUCCCCUGCAGUCCUUUGUUCCUUACACAUCUUCCGUGAGGCCAACAAUGGAGAUCCCUAGGGAGCCUCUCCGAAACUACCUUGCAAGGAUCUUGGGGACUCAGGCAAAAGAGUCUCUGGUGCUUCGACAGUUUAGCCAUGGGCAGUCCAAUCCAACAUACUACAUCAGGUUUGGAGAACAUCAGUUGGUCUUGAGGAAAAAGCCACCUGGGAAGCUGUUACCUUCCGCUCAUGCUGUAGAGCGAGAGUACAGGGUUUUGAAGGCCCUUGGUCAGGCUGGUGUUCCAGUUCCCAAAGUCCUAGCCUUCUGUGACGAUCCAAGCAUCAUUGGCACUCCGUUCUACAUAAUGGACCACAUCGCCGGCCGGAUCUUCAAGGAUCCUUCUCUUCCAGGCCUGGAAGCCAGCCAGCGGAUGGAGAUUUAUACUGCCAUGAACAGGGUCCUCUGUAAGAUCCACAGCGUAGACAUCAAAGUGGCUGGCCUUGAGGAUUAUGGGAAACAUGGUAACUACAUUCAGCGACAAGUCCAGACCUGGAGCAAGCAAUACCGUGCCACGGAGACACACACAAUCCCAGCCAUGGAGAGGCUCAUUGAAUGGCUCCUAUCCCAUACACCAGCUAGUGAGCAUCUGUCUGUUGUGCAUGGAGACUUCAGGUUAGAUAACCUGAUCUUCCAUCCAGAGAAGCUGGAGGUUGUCUCUGUGCUUGACUGGGAACUUUCCACCUUAGGCAACCCUCUUUCAGACGUGGCCUAUAACUGCAUGGUGUAUUAUUUGCCUUCUCACUUUGACAUCAUCAAAGGUUUGAAGGACUGCGAUCUGCACCAGUUGGCCAUUCCCCCAAUAGAGGCCUACAUCCAGAUGUAUUGCAACCACAUGGGCAUUCCUCCCAUUGAGAACUGGAACUUCUACAUGGCCUUCUCCUUUUUUAGAAUUGCUGCCAUUCUGCAAGGAGUGUACAAACGCUCCCUCACUGGCCAGGCCAGCUCAGCGACAGCUGCAGGCACUGAGAAGCAGGUGGAAUUUAUGGCAGACCUUGCCUGGGACUUUGCUACAAAAGAGGGCUUCCGGGUCUUCAAGGAGCUCCCAACCUCCACACCUCCUGCCAGGCCAUUCAGUACAUGGGCUGAUCCGAGGCAACUCCCGAGGAGGCACUACUCCAGGAUGGCUCCCAUUCCCAAGUCUCACCUGAUCGUCUCUUUGGAUGGCCUGCCAAAGCGAGUCCAAGAGCUCCACCAUAAGCUGAAGCAGUUCCUGGAUGCUCACGUGUACCCGGCUGAGCAGCUUUUGCGCAACCACCAAGCUUCCCCAGAGCGGUGGACACCCCAUCCCCUCCUAGAGGAACUCAAGGAGAAGGCAAAGUCUGAGGGGCUCUGGAACCUUUUCCUACCACUGGAGAGUGACCCUGAUGUGAAAUAUGGAGCUGGCCUGACCAACUUAGAGUAUGCCCACUUGUGUGAGCUGAUGGGGACUUCAGUUUAUGCACCUGAGGUAUUCAAUUGCUCUGCCCCAGACACUGGCAAUAUGGAGGUGCUGGUCCUCUAUGGCACAGAAGCCCAGAAGGAGCGUUGGCUGCGACCUCUGCUAGAUGGCAAGAUCCGAUCCUGUUUCGCUAUGACGGAGCCACAGGUUGCAUCCUCAGAUGCCACCAACAUUGAAGCUUCCAUCGUUGAGGAACAAGACAGCUAUGUUCUGAAUGGGCGGAAAUGGUGGAUUUCAGGUUCUCUGGAUCCUCGUUGCCAGCUUUGCAUCUUUAUGGGCAAGACGGACCCCACAGCCCCCAGGCACAAGCAACAGUCGAUGCUGCUGGUUGCCAUGGACACACCUGGGAUCACCGUCACCAGACCCCUCACUGUCUAUGGCUUGGAUGACGCCCCAGCUGGCCAUGGGGAAAUCACCUUUGAGAAUGUCCGCGUCUCCAAAGAGAACCUUUUGCUGGGGGCUGGCCGUGGCUUUGAAAUUGCCCAGGGAAGACUGGGCCCUGGAAGGAUACAUCACUGCAUGAGGCUGAUUGGCUUUGCAGAAAGAGCACUGGCUCUCAUGAAGGAGCGGGUUUCCUCCCGAGUGGCCUUUGGAAGGCCCCUGGUAGAACAAGGCACCAUCAGGGCAGGUAUCGCUGAGUCUCGUAUUGAGAUUGAACAGGCCCGGCUCCUAGUCCUCAAGGCGGCCCACGUCAUGGAUACAGUUGGGAAUAAGGAAGCAGCUCUUGAGAUUGCCAUGAUCAAGGUAGUGGCUCCGAGGAUGGCUUUGCAGGUCAUUGACCGAGCUAUCCAGGCCUUUGGGGCAGCAGGACUCAGCAACGACCAGCCACUGGCCCAGUCUUUUGCUUGGGCACGAGCCCUCCGCCUGGCCGAUGGCCCGGAUGAAGUCCACAGGGCAGCCAUUGCUAAAAUGGAACUGAAGCGUUAACUGAGCCAUAGGCAGACAGCAGCUUGAAAUCCCAGUGGCUGGGGUUAAGAAACACAGAAUGAGGUCUAGGGGCUAAAUGAAAUGUUUUUGGGGGAGGGAGUUUGAAUGUCCAUACUCUGUACUGAUUUUUCUGUGCCACCACAGCUGAUUAUGGGAGGAAAAGCCACAACAUUAUAGGGCAAGGUAGGCCAGUGGCCAGCACUGGGCACAGCCUUGGCUAGGAAGCCAUCCAGGAUGCCUAGUGCAUCUGCAUGGCUUCAUUAUUGGAGAUUCCACCGAUGGACUCUCUGCAUAUCAAUAAAGCUGGGACUUGUUUGGAUUUUUGGGGCUGUUAAGCCAGGCCUCUAUUACUUUUGCGGAGUCUCGACUCCUGUAUAAGAAGAUGCUUGUUUUGGGUCUGCUUUGGGCAUCUGGAUGGUGGGUAGUGAAAGAAUGAGGCAGUGGGUAUUCUCUAUCUUCCAUCAGGGUGAAAUGUACACCCACCCUGCCCAGCUGCACUUGUGGUUUUGCUGUUGUUGUUGGACUGAUAAGCACUUAAUUCUCUUACUGUAAAAAAAGAAUGUAAAUCACAGGCAAGAUACUGAUUCUGAACAUAGGAAACUGUUAACAUAAAAAUGAGAACAAACGUAA